CAGAGUACAUCGGAUUCAGUAUUAGAAAAAGCCAAAAGUACUGAAGCAACUAUUCGCGCCAGUGUGGUUACAGAAAAAAAUUCAAAAGCAUCGUCGCCUACUGCAUCUGAAAGUAGUAAUAGUAGUACAUUAAGCAACAAAGUCAUUGGAAAUUCUGGAUCAGUAAAAUCUAAAGCUGCCAAUUUGAAUUUAUCACUAGGAAAUAAUUCAAAUGUUGUAAAUAAUAAAAAUAGUCAAAUAAUAAAAACUGCAUCAACAAAUUCUCUGAAUUCGUCUGCAUCCAUAAAUUAUAAAACAAAUAAGAACAACCUUAUCAGCGAUUCUGCAAUAAGUAAAUCAUCUUAUUCUUCGUCUACAACAUCAUUAAUCGCAACAAAUACUUCAAUUCGAAAUUUAACUCCAAACAAAUCAUCGCUUUUCGGUAAUAAUGGUGGUGUUAGUAGUGAUAGUACAACACCGUCUCCACCAGUUAUGAAUAAAUCACCAACGCCUGGAAUUAAACCAAUGCCUAAUCAUGGUAAACCAAAUUUUGCACCCAAACCUCCAGGAUUACAACAGCUAGCCUUUGCUAAUGGGCAACGGCCAUUAGUCUCUCGUCAUCACAGUAUGAAAUCUCCAAGAUCACCGCCAAUAUCAAGCGCUGGUGGGCCAGUAUUUCCUACUCAACAGCAUUUUGGGACAUUGCGCACACCACAACAACUAUGUCAAUCACAGGACGCAAUCAACUCCAACAUACGCACAGCGCCAAAUCCACCAAUUGGUCGACCCACGGUUGCGCCACCGAAACCACCAACAGUUAAACCACCUCCGCCGCCAACACCAGCGCGUAGUAUUUCUAAUUCCAAUUUAAAUAGUUUAACGCACAAUGCAACAAAUUCUUCUGCAGCACCCUGUAGCGCUGUAAAUACUGCACUUGUAAACACUGUAACUGGUUCAUCAUCUACUCCUACAACAACACAGCCGCCAUCAAACUCAUCGUCCUCGAGUAGUGUAUCCACACUUCGUGAACAAUUUAAAAAUACACAAUCGGCACCAACAACACCGCCAGUAUCUGCAGCUUUAACAAAUAAAACUACCGGUAGUCCAGUUAGUAAAACUAAUAGUACUCGUGAUAAGAACGUAAAACCAAUUAUUCUAAAUGGUGGGCCAAUAAAUGCGCCACCAUUACCGCCACAUCGAACAUGUCCAGCGCCACCACCGCCACAGAGGCAAUCAAGUAAUACUGGCAGUGGAGCUCCACCUGUGCCACCACAGCGGCAUUCAUCUAUAAGAGCUAACGCUCCCAUAACACCACCAACAACUGCAAGCGCACCAUUAUUCGGCAAUAAUAUUGGCAACAACAUAUCGAAUGCGAAUUCCGUUAGUCGUUUAGUUGUCGAUUUAGAAGCGAAAUUCGGCAAACGUUUUCACAAUGUAACAGAAUUCCCAAAGCCGCCACCAUUUUUAAAUGUCCAAAAGAUAUAUCCUAGUCGAACUGUUAAAGCAACAAAUGCACCAAAUGAAAAUAAUAAUAUCACGAACAACAACAACAUUAAUCCAGUAACAACAAAUCCAAUAACUGCACCAAAACCAUUGCAGCCCGCUUAUCAACCAUUUAAGAAGCAUAGAGCACCGGCACCACCACCCCAAGCAGGCGUGGCUGCAGCAACAGUAUCUGUGAUAAGGCAAUCGAGUUUUCUCUAUGGCGGCAACAAUAGCAUCGGCCAAGCACAAAGCCAAACACCAAAUGCAACUGAAGCACCAAGAAAUUAAGGAACUAAUAGACGUCUUCUAUACUUGCUAUAAGUUAUCAAUAAAAAAAUUAUAUUAAUUAUAUUAUUAUAU